UUUGGUGUGUCCCUCUCUGACAAUUUUUUUUUAUUUUUUUCUUUCCCUCAAUAUCUCUUGGCUGCAGACCCUGCAGCCUUCCUGCCGUCGUCCAAGCCUCUGUCUUUCUCCAAGACACAGUCGGCUGUCUUCUUCCUGAACAAGCUGAAGCACAACUCUCUGCAAAAACGCAAGGAAAGGCUGGCAUCUGAGAAAAGAAGUAGAGAGACGAGGAUGGGAGAUGAGGACAGUACGGUGUCGCCUCCCGUGUCCCCUCCCAUGUCCCCUCCCGUGUCCCCUGAGCUCAGUCCCACACCUGAUCCUGCUCCCGAUCCCGAGCCUGAACCUGGUGCUGUUGUGUCCAUGACGAACAGUGAGGAGUGUUACUUCUGUGCUCGGAGGGUCUACGUGCUGGAGCGCAUCAGCGCUGAGGGCAAGUUCUUCCAUCGGAGCUGCUUCACCUGCCAUCGGUGCGGCAUCACUCUCAGACUGGGAGGAUACACCUUUGACCAGCCUACAGGGAGAUUUUACUGUGAGCUGCACUCUGAAGAGCUGGAAGUCGGGCCGGAAACAUCGUCUAAGGUACGCGAAGGAACAAAUGAGGAGAACAGGCUUUCCAGUGAUGAUUAUACACCAUCUCCAUCAGAUGAGGAGUAUGAGCAUACUGUGGACUGUGGUCCCUCUGCUCACUCGCAGUCGCAUAAACCUGAAGGACAGGAUCACCGGGUACUUGAAUCCAAAGAGGACUCCCAACAACCACAUAUAUCAGAAACUCCCAUACAUCCUCCAUCUAAAACUGAGGUUGCAGCACCCACCGAGGAGGAGGCCGUGUCCUAUCCUGUGCCAAAGCCCCGCCUCUCUCAUCAGACCACACCCAGCCAUCAGCCCUCACCUCCAACAGCAAAACCUCGCACAGUCCACAUUGUUAACCCCUCGACACCAGAAAACCGUUCAUCUCCAACCCCGACAAAAGAGAUCUCAAAGGCAGCCCCGGACUCCCGUCCGAAGCAAUCACUCCGAAAGCUCCGGCUGACCGAUGAGGAGAAAAGCCAACUGGUGAACCUCCAGAGCCUCAGUGUGGACUCUGACUCAGAGACCCCCGGUGGAUCCUCCUCCUGCUCCUCUUCCUCUGCAACUGCAGGAGUUCCAAGCCCUCCUAAACCACAGGGCCUCGAUGGGCAAGACGAGGAGGGCUACUGGAGUGGGAGCACCGCAAGUCACAUCCGGGAGAAGAGGAAUCGGCGCUGCUUCAAGAGAAAAGAGAUGCCAAGCGGGCAGACCAGGGUAAGAUCCAAGUUCUCCCCCUGGAAUCUGUCUUCUCCGAGAAUCAGCAGAGACACCCGGCUCAGUGUCCACAUUAAUCGUCCAGGGAGAGUGGAAACAACAUUCAGACACGCUCACAGCACCUCAGAAGAGGGCGCCGAUGGAGAUGAUGAUGACGAUGAUGACGAUGAGAUGUUUGCGCAAGAUGAUGUUGACUUAUCUGAUGAGAAAUUUCAGACUGUGCCAUCAGACCCGGUUGAGGCUGAGAAAAUGGAGUUUGUGAAGAUAAGGACACUAGAGCGGCGGGCCAAGAUGAGCAAAUUACAGCGAUUGCGCAAUGCCCAGUCCAUCCAGAGGAGACUGGAGGAGAUCGAGGUGACCUUCAAGGACUUGGAAGAUAAAGGUGUAGUGCUGGAGAGAACCCUGCGUGGAGAGGCUGGCAGCAGCGGCUCUCCGCAGAUGAUUGAGCAUUGGAUCCAACUCGUCCACGAGAAGAACGCGUUGGUGUCUGAGGAGUCUGACCUCAUGGUGGCGUCUCGACAGCUGGAACUCGAAGACAAGCAGAGCAUGUUGGAGUCGGAGCUCAGGAAAUACAUGGAACUGGAUGACAAGACAACAGAGCAGCAGGCAGAAGAAGAACGGUUCCUUCAACAGAUGAUCGACGUGGUGGACAUGAGGGACUCCUUGGUGUUGUUUCUGGAUGAGAAGAGGAUGAAGGAGAUAAGCGAGGAGCAAGAGGCCUUCUCCAUCAAGGAGGCCAAGCGGCACUCGAAGGCGGGAGCUCAGGUUCACUGGGCGUAAGGCUUUCACGCACACACACAUACUCGGCAUGAACCCGUGUGUGCUGUGCAGUAGAUGCCCUCUCAUCUACUGUAUGUGAGACUUACUGCUUUCAGACUUAACUUCUGCAAAGCCAAAGAUGAUACCGAAUUGUUGAGGGUAAGUGGUCCCUCUUUAUACAACUAGGAGAAAGAGCUGAGGCGUAUGGGCCAGAAGCUGAGUGAAUCUGUUGCAAUCCGCCCCCUAGAGGGAGACAUAAACCUGGGAAUCUAAGGCUUUGCGUCCAAUAACUCCGCAGCUAAGCCCUGCCUGAUAGUGUGGUCACAGCAACAGACCACAUAUGAAAAGGGACCCGUAAUGUCUGCUGCACUAUUGAGCAACACAGCAGAUAAUCAGAAUGCAGCUGGGGCCUUGGCCUUGUUUUUGGUGUCAGUAACAUGGGACUCAAGUGCAAAACCAAGACUAGGCAGCAUAGAAUUACAGCCGUAGAGAUGGAUUUAAGUGGAAAGCACAGGGUGGAUGGUGUUUUUGAGAAAUAUUUUGAUGAAUACAUGCUACUGUACACAAUAUACACAUAAUUCUAUGUUUAAUAUUUGUACACUGAAUAAACUCGAGAAAUAUGAUGGUGCAGAAAAAUAAGAGGUAGAUAAAAUAUUACAAUUAAUAAAUUCCACUAUUGGUAUUUAUAACAUUUUUAUGAUCCACUUUACUUUUCAUUCAUUUUUUAGCACUCCCUGCUGUUCACCGUGUUCUUUUACCGAUGGCACGUGGGAUAGUUCAUCUCAGGGGUCGAGGUUGGGCUUUUCACCGAUGGCCUUCGACAGUGGUGGUGUAUUAUAUGAACACGGGGGAUUUGGUUGUGAAUGGGGGAGAAAAAGACUUAACGGACUGGUUCAUCUAUUUACAAAUGCUAUGUUUUAUCUUUUGCAGGUGUUCCUCUUUAUGUUCUGGCAGAAUUGACAAAUCGAGUCAAAGACCAGUUUCAUUGUUAGUUCAAAGGAGCCUUAUACAUUCAUUGUUCUGCUGCCAUUUUGUGCCGCCCUGGACGGCUCUUCACAGUAUAUCAAAUAAAGAUCAUGCACUUUUA